AAGGAUGCAAUUAACGCCGAAAAUUUACCACCAAAAUAAAGUAGAAUAUGUCACGAAAAAACAAUCUCAGAAUCAGAAUAUUCAGUAAAAGUGUUUUCGCAUUAUUAAUUCGUAAAGUGACGGUGGUCAUAAUUGCGAAAAAGGGCUCAGUCCUUAAGGUGAAAAAGGGCUGCGUCCUUAAGGGGUUAAGAGGUAUUGAGAGCAGAAUCAUGGGGCAAUGUUUACAUUUUUCUUUUUCUUUUAGCACAUGGCUGCAACAUUACACAAUGUGAAAAUAUUAGAAGGGUCUGAAGACUUUCCAAAUGCACAUUAAAUUAUAGGUGACAUUAUGUUCAAAGGUUUAUAUAAGCUUUAAAGGAAAAGCAUGCUAAAAGUGUAAUUUCCUAUACUGUAAGCAGUGUAGAGGGUGCUAAAUGCAACAUAUGGUUAUAAAUGACAUAUUGGAGUCUAAGACAAAGAACGGGUUGUUCAUCUCUCCACGUGUCCACUAACAAAACACACAUGAGUUCUGCAGCCCCUCGGUUCCUCUUGCAUUUUCCUCUUUCCCACCAUACUAUCUGCUUUAGGUUUGGAUCUGCCGUAGAAUAUUUGUUUGUUUGAUCUCCCAUCUUUUACCCACAUUUUUUCCUACUUGAGACUGCAGGGUCUUAUUACGGCAAUGAUUCUGAACUUCUCAAGGGAAGCAUAGCAGCACAGCAGUGCCUCUCAGAUACCCAGGAUGGGUUGGAUGUUUAUGGAUGGCAUCUCUGGUAUGUCUAUGUAUGUUAUCGCUGGUGCUUCCCUUCUUUUGCUUAGUUUUGGCAUUUGGCAUCAGCAAGGAUCUCUACAUUAUAUGGUACAGGGUGAGAGACAAGCUUGUGGUGUCGUCUUCCCAUCACGGAGUGGCAGAUGGAAACGCUAUACUUUAAAUCCCUUGGGAUACAAGUGGGAUCAUGUGAACCUUACAUACAGAAUUGUCCAGUAUCCCAGUACUUUAAACAGAGGUGACACCGAUAAAGCUUUUGAGAUUGCCUUUGGUAUGUGGAGUAAGGUUUCCCCUUUAACCUUUAAACAUGUACUCCCUAAACACAAGUCGGACCUAAGCAUUGGAUUUUACUCCUUUAAUCACAGUGACUGCUGGGAAUCCCCACUGCACCCCUGUUUUGAUGGUCUGAAUGGAGAACUUGCUCAUGCUUUUCUGCCACCAAGAGGAGAGAUUCACUUUGAUAACCAUGAGUUCUGGGUGCUUGGACCUUCACGAUUCAGCUGGAAUCAGGGCGUGUGGUAUAAUGAUCUGGUGCAGGUGGCAGCACAUGAGAUUGGUCAUGCUCUUGGUUUAUGGCACUCCAGGGAUGUCUUGGCACUGAUGCAUCCUAAUGCUACAUAUACUCGGACUCGGCGCUUGGCACGAGAUGAUAUUUUAGCAAUCCAGCAUCUCUAUGGCUGUCCAACUUCAAGUUCAUCCAGCUGUGAGGCCCUGAAAGGACAGCAAAGCUGCGGGUUACAGAGAUGUAGCCAAAAGUGUAAUGGCUGUAAAGAGGUGUUUGAGGAAGGUCCAAAAUCACACAAAGUCACGGUGAAGACAUUUUAUGCGGCCAAGGGUAAGAAGGUCACACUCAACUGUACCCACAGUGCAUUACAACCACAUCGGAGAGUUAGCUGGUACAAAGAUGGCAGCCGUCUAAAUCUUUCAGCCCCAGGAAUAGCCAAAAAGUCUGCAAGUAGUCUUAUUAUACAAGCACGGGUAUUUACCCAAGGACGCUACACAUGUGUAAUUCGCCAAGGAAUAGUGACCCUGGGUGGGAAGUCAUGGAAUCUUCUCAUCUUCUAGCAUUUUUAAAAACUGACCAUGAAGAUAUGACCGUAUGGAUAUGCAUGUGGCAAAUCUGUAGCCCAAGGUCUCCAUUCUGCUUGAUCGUCAAGACUCCUCAAGAUCUCUAAUGGUUUCCAGCAUUACCCUUUUCAUCAGUUUGUGCAUCAAUAUCUUGCAUUUGGGAAUAGACCAAAAGGGCUAACCUUCGUAAUAGCGUCAAUAAGUCUUGGGUACACCUGAUUCUAUCUCCAGUUUACCAGCUUGUCCUGUCUCAGAUCACUUUUGGGGAUACUAUUCACUGCAUACCAAGAUCACCCCACAAGACCUGCUGUUUUGGAAAUAUUUUGGCCUAGUCAUCUAGCCAUCAUUUGGCCCUUGUCAAAGCUGCUCAGAUCCUUAUCCGUGCUGUUCUUUUCUGUUUCCAAAAUGUCAACUUUAAGUCCUGCUUGUUUAGUUGCUACCUGAAUUAUCUCAUUGACCCAAGAUAAUCAUUGCUAUUCAGUUCACCUGCCAGAGGUCUUAAUGUUAUGGCUGAUUGGUGUAUAAUACUGUUAUGUAAAAUAUAUAUUUCUAUGUCUAUGCUUGAAUGUUGGCAAACAAAUAUAAAUAAAACACUG